AUGGGUACCACCAAGACCUGGCUGUGGUUAUUCCUCUUAAAUACAGCACUCCUGGAUGCCACCUCAGAUGCCACAAGCGUGAAAGGUGUUCCGCCACCACUACCUAUACCAGAAGACACAAAUGUGGCUAAAAAGGCCUUAGUGGUGGCCAAUCUUCCAGGUGCAACCCUGAGCCUGGUGAACGGCAGGAACCCGUGUGAGGGACGCGUAGAGAUUGACUACUACGCGGGCAUGGGCACUGUCUGUGAUGACAGCUGGGACCUGAACGAUGCCCAGGUUGUGUGCAGGCAACUGGGAUGUGGCUCUGCUGUUUCUGCACCCUCUAACGCCUACUUUGGACAAGGCACCGGCACCAUCUACCUGGAUGAUGUGCAGUGCACAGGGAAUGAGUCCUCCCUCUUCCAGUGUAGCCACCUUGGCUGGGGUGUAAACAACUGUGGCCACAAUGAAGAUGCUGGUGUUGUGUGCUCAGGUGCAACCCUGAGCCUGGUGAACGGCAGGAACCGGUGUGAGGGACGCGUAGAGAUUAACACCUACGCAGGUCCGGGCACUGUCUGUGAUGACAGCUGGGACCUGAACGAUGCCCAGGUCGUGUGCAGGCAACUGGGAUGCGGCUCUGCUGUUUCUGCACCCUCAAAUGCCUACUUUGGACAAGGCACCGGCACCAUCUACCUGGACGAUGUGCAGUGCACAGGGAAUGAGUCCUCCCUCUUCCAGUGCAGCCACCGUGGCUGGGGUGACCACAACUGUGGCCACAGUGAAGAUGCUGGUGUUGUGUGCUCAGGUACCGUUGCUUCUCCUUCCUAAAUACCAGAACACUUUCCCAAGUGGCCCUUGUGUUCCCUGUCUCCUCCUCUCCAAGGUGCAACCCUGAGCCUGGUGAACGGCAGGAACCGGUGUGAGGGACGCGUAGAGAUUGACUACUACGCGGGCACGGGCACUGUCUGUGAUGACAGCUGGGACCUGAACGAUGCCCAGGUUGUGUGCAGGCAACUGGGAUGCGGCUCUGCUGUUUCUGCACCCUCAAAUGCCUACUUUGGACAAGGCACCGGCACCAUCUACCUGGACGAUGUGCAGUGCACAGGGAAUGAGUCCUCCCUCUUCCAGUGCAGCCACCGCGGCUGGGGUGUCCACAACUGUGGCCACAGUGAAGAUGCUGGUGUUGUGUGCUCAGGUGCAACCCUGAGCCUGGUGAACGGCAGGAACCGGUGUGAGGGACGCGUAGAGAUUGACUACUACGCGGGCACGGGCACUGUCUGUGAUGACAGCUGGGACCUGAACGAUGCCCAGGUUGUGUGCAGGCAACUGGGAUGCGGCUCUGCUGUUUCUGCACCCUCAAAUGCCUACUUUGGACAAGGCACCGGCACCAUCUACCUGGACGAUGUGCAGUGCACAGGGAGUGAGUCCUCCCUCUUCCAGUGCAGCCACCGCGGCUGGGGUGUCCACAACUGUGGCCACAGUGAAGAUGCUGGUGUUGUGUGCUCAGGUACCAUUGCUUCUUCUUCCUAAAUACAAGGACACUUUCCCAAGUGGCCCUUGUUGGCUUCAAUUAGCCAUGUCUUGAAGGCACAGUCAAAGAUCAUGCUUUUCUUUGCCCUGGUGAACGGCAGGAACCGGUGUGAGGGACGCGUAGAGAUUGACUACUACGCGGGCACGGGCACUGUCUGUGAUGACAGCUGGGACCUGAACGAUGCCCAGGUUGUGUGCAGGCAACUGGGAUGCGGCUCUGCUGUUUCUGCACCUUCAAAUGCCUACUUUGGACAAGGCACCGGCACCAUUUACCUGGACGAUGUGCAGUGCACAGGGAAUGAGUCCUCCCUCUUCCAGUGCAGCCACCGCGGCUGGGGUGUCCACAACUGUGGCCACAGUGAAGAUGCUGGUGUUGUGUGCUCAGGUACCAUUGCUUCUUCUUCCUAAAUACAAGGACACUUUCCUACAGAUGCCACAAGCAUAAGCACAACCAGCUUCCCAAUGACCAUUCCUCCAGGUGCAACCCUGAGCCUGGUGAACGGCAGGAACCAGUGUGAGGGACGCGUAGAGAUUGACUACUACGCGGGCACGGGCACUGUCUGUGAUGACAGCUGGGACCUGAACGAUGCCCAGGUUGUGUGCAGGCAACUGGGAUGCGGCUCUGCUGUUUCUGCACCCUCAAAUGCCUACUUUGGACAAGGCACCGGCACCAUCUACCUGGAUGAUGUGCACUGCACAGGGAAUGAGUCCUCCCUCUUCCAGUGCAGCCACCGUGGCUGGGGUGUCCACAACUGUGGCCACCAUGAAGAUGCUGGUGUUGUGUGCUCAGAUGCCACAAGCAUAAGCACAACCAGCUUCCCAAUGACCAUUCCUCCAGGUGCAACCCUGAGCCUGGUGAACGGCAGGAACCGGUGUGAGGGACGCGUAGAGAUUGACUACUACGCGGGCACGGGCACUGUCUGUGAUGACAGCUGGGACCUGAACGAUGCCCAGGUUGUGUGCAGGCAACUGGGAUGCGGCUCUGCUGUUUCUGCACCUUCAAAUGCCUACUUUGGACAAGGCACCGGCACCAUUUACCUGGACGAUGUGCAGUGCACAGGGAAUGAGUCCUCCCUCUUCCAGUGCAGCCACCGUGGCUGGGGUGUCCACAACUGUGGCCACCAUGAAGAUGCUGGUGUUGUGUGCUCAGGUACCGUUGCUUCUCCUUCCUAAAUACCAGAACACUUUCCCAACUCUCCGUCACUCAUAAAAUACAUUUGUGGUGGCUUACUUUUUGAUUCAUCUGGAACGUUUCAGAGUCCUUUUUAUCCUUGGAAUUAUCCAGAUAAUGCAGAGUGUUUGUGGCAAAUACAAGUAGUGAAUAAUUUCCGUAUUAUGCUCACAUUUGGACAUGUUGAGUUGCAAGGUGGAUGUCAGAAUGACUAUAUUGAGAUCUAUGACGGGCCACCCAGUUCUUCUCCUCUGCUUGGAAGAAUUUGUUCUGGUUCUUAUCUCACAUACACAUCAUCCUCAAAUUUUAUGACUGUCAGAUUUAACAGUGACUCCAGCUAUUCCAGUAGAGGGUUUUAUGCUGAGUAUCACUCUUUUCUAGCAGACCAGAACAUCACCCUUGUGUGCUCACCAGCCUACAUGCGUGCAGUUGUAGACAGACGCUAUCUCCAGUCACAGGGCUACUCAGUGUUGAACAUCAGCUUGUCUGACUCUUACUGUAGACCAACAAUUACAUCAACUGAAGUUAUAUUCAAUGUUCCGUACAACAGCUGUGGUACACGUAGACAGGUCGACAGUGAAACCAUCACCUACUCCAAUGUGAUAAAAGUACUUGCUUCUGAUUACAUCAUCAAGAGGCAAAAGGACCUUCGCUUGCUCAUCAACUGCAAAAUGCUCCAGAACACCUGGGUGCAAGCAGUGUACAUUGCUGAUGACAACAAUAAUGCUGUUAAUGUCACUGAAACCCAGUAUGGCAGAUAUGAUGUAAACCUGACAUUCUACAAUUCCUCGUCUUUUGUGUGGCCAGUGCAUGACUUUCCAUACUAUGUUGAGCUGAAUCAGAAUUUGUUCCUGCAAGCUUCUCUUCACAGCUCUGACCCGAAUCUGGUGCUGUUUGUGGACACAUGUGUGGCAUCGCCAGAUCCUAGCGAUUUUAGAACACUGGCCUAUGAAUUGAUCAGAAGCGGGUGUCCUAAGGAUCCCACCUACUCGUCUUACUAUUCACCACACAGCAGUGUUUCCCGGUUUGCAUUUAACGCUUUUUCAUUUGUUAACCAAUACCCGUCAGUUUACCUGCAGUGUGAGCUGGUGGUGUGCAGGUACCACGACUACUCUUCCCGCUGCUAUCAGGGCUGCAUUAGUCGGUUCAAGAGGAAUGCAGGUUCUUCCCAGGAAAAUAUGAAUGUUGUUAUUGGACCUGUUCAGCUUCGAGAAGCUCAGCCUGAGAACAGGCAUGUUGAGCUGGCCUCUGACAUCCAGGUGAAAGAGGAGUCCCAGAGCCCAGCGCCUGCUGCCAGCUCCCACGUUCCUCUGGCUGUGACCAUCGUGGUGCUGGUAGCUGCUGUUCUCAUGGUGGGAGGAUUCCUUUUGAAGCAACUGGAUGAGAUGGGUACCACUAUGAUUUUGACAUGGCUGCUCUUGUUAGGUCCAGCAGUUCUGGAGGUCAAAUCAGAUGCCACAAGCGUGAAAACUGUUCCCCCACCACCACCUACACCAGAAGACACAAAUGUGGCUGCAAGAGCCUUAGUGGUGACUGAUCUUCCAGGUGCAACCCUGAGCCUGGUGAAUGGCAGGAACCGGUGUGAGGGACGCGUACAGAUUGAGUACUACGCGGGCACGGGCACUGUCUGUGAUGACAGCUGGGACCUGAACGAUGCCCAGGUCGUGUGCAGGCAACUGGGAUGCGGCUCUGCUGUUUCUGCACCCUCAAAUGCCUACUUUGGACAAGGCACCGACACCAUCUACCUGGAUGAUGUGCAGUGCACAGGGAGUGAGUCCUCCCUCUUCCAGUGCAGCCACCGCGGCUGGGGUGUCCACAACUGUGGCCACCAUGAAGAUGCUGGUGUUGUGUGCUCAGUUGCCACAACCAUAAGCACAACCAGCUUUCCAACAACCAUUCCUCCAGGUGCAACCCUGAGCCUGGUGAACGGCAGGAACCGGUGUGAGGGACGUGUAGAGAUUAACACCUACGCGGGUCCGGGCACUGUCUGUGAUGACAACUGGGACCUGAACGAUGCCCAGGUCGUGUGCAGGCAACUGGGAUGCGGCUCUGCUGUUUCUGCACCCUCAAAUGCCUACUUUGGACAAGGCACCGGCACCGUCUACCUGGAUGAUGUGCAGUGCACAGGGAAUGAGUCCUCCCUCUUCCAGUGCAGCCACCGUGGCUGGGGUGUCCACAACUGUGGCCACAGUGAAGAUGCUGGUGUUGUGUGCUCAGAGACAUAUCUCCAGCUGGUGAAUGGAAGGCACAGAUGUGAAGGUCGCGUUGAGGUCUAUUACAGAGGAAGCCUGGGGACAGUUUGUGAUGAUUUCUGGGACCUUCGUGAUGCCCAGGUUGUGUGCAGGCAGCUGGGAUGCGGCCAGGCCAUCGCAGCUCUUGGAAGUGCUUACUUUGGCCAAGGCUCGGGAGACAUCCUGCUGGACAAUGUCAACUGCAACGGAACUGAGGUCUCCUUGGAGCAUUGUGCUCACCUGGGCUGGAGGAGGCACAACUGUGCCCACUACGAAGAUGCUAGUGUUGUCUGUUCAGGAGAGACCACCACAGCACCGACAAUCUCCACAGGGCCAACAGACUCAACACUGGACACAAUCUUCACAGCAGAGGUGACCUCCACAGAGGACUCAACCACUGCAACACUAACAACCUCUCCUGCAGAGACAACCACCACAGUACCACCGACCACCACAGUGGAGAUGUCCACCCUUGCACAGACGUCCAGUGCACCACCACCAGCCACCACAGUGGAGACAUCCACCCUAGCAGAGACGUCCAGCGCACCACUGCCAGCCACCACAGUGGAAAUGUCCACCCUAGCGGAGACGUCCAGCGCACCAUCACCAGCCACCACAGUGGAGAUGUCCACCCUAGCAGAGACGUCCAGCGCACCACCACCAACCUCCACAAUGGAGAUGUCCACCCUAGCAGAGACGUCCAGCGCACCACCACCAACCACCACAGUGGAGACGUCCACCCUAGCAGAGAUGGCCACCACAGCAGAGACCAGCACAACAGCUUCAGAGACCACCGCAGACUGGACAGAUUCAACAGGCACCAGCCUGCGCCUCUCUGGUGGCAGGAAUGGCUGCGAAGGACGUGUGGAGCUGUACAAGGACAGCAGCUGGGGGACUGUGUGCGAUGACUUUUGGGACCUGAGCGAAGCCCAGGUGGUGUGCCAGCAGCUGGGCUGUGGCCAGGCCAUGGAUGCCCCGAGCAGCGCGUACUUUGGCCCCGGCUCCGGGCCCAUCUUCCUGGACGACGUGCAGUGCAGCGGGGACGAGCCCUCCCUCCAGAUGUGCAGGCACAGGGGCUGGGGUGUGCACAACUGCGGGCAUGGCGAGGAUGCCAGCGUCAUCUGCGCAGCUCCACAUGCAACCCCUCCUGCUGAAUGGCCAUACACACCAGGCACCAGCCUGCGCCUCUCUGGUGGCAGGAAUGGCUGCGAAGGACGUGUGGAGCUGUACAAGGACAGCAGCUGGGGGACUGUGUGCGAUGACUUCUGGGACCUGAGUGAAGCCCAGGUGGUGUGCCAGCAGCUGGGCUGUGGCCAGGCCAUGGAUGCCCCGGGCAGCGCGUACUUUGGCCCCGGCUCCGGGCCCAUCUUUCUGGACGACGUGCAGUGCAGCGGGGACGAGCCCUCCCUCCAGAUGUGCAGGCACAGGGGCUGGGGUGUGCACAACUGCGGGCAUGGCGAGGAUGCCAGCGUCAUCUGUGCAGAUCCACAUUCAACCCCUCCUGCUGAAUGGCCAUACACAUCAGGCACCAGCCUGCGCCUCUCCGGUGGCAGGAACAGCUGCGAAGGACGUGUGGAGCUGUACAAGGACAACAGCUGGGGGACUGUGUGCGAUGACUUGUGGGACCUGAGCGAAGCCCAGGUGGUGUGCCAGCAGCUGGGCUGUGGCCAGGCCAUGGACGCCCCAGGCAGCGCGCACUUUGGCUCCGGCUCCGGGCCCAUCUUCCUGGACGACGUGCAGUGCAGCGGGGACGAGCCCUCCCUCCAGAUGUGCAGGCACAGGGGCUGGGGUGUGCACAACUGCGGGCAUGGCGAGGAUGCCAGCGUCAUCUGUGCAGAUCCUCUGGACACCACGACACCUUCAUCAGCACCUUAUUUUUGUGGUGGCUCAGUUUCACAUUCCUCUGGGAUACUACAGAGCCCAUUCUACCCUAGAAGUUAUCCAAACAACGCUGACUGUGUGUGGGAAAUACAAGUAGAGAACAAUUUCCGUGUUAUGCUCACAUUUAGAGAUAUUGCGAUGCAAAGCGUCGGAUGCCAGGAUGACUACAUUGAAGUCUAUGAUGGGCCUCUAGACUCUUCCCCGCUUCUUGGGAGACUUUGUUCUGGUUCCUUUCCCACGUACACAUCCUCUUCAAACAUGAUGACUGUUCACUUUCACAGCGAUUCUAGAUACACCUUCAGAGGGUUUCAAGCUCACUACUCCUCCAUUUCAUCAGAUCACACCACCACCCUUCUGUGUUUGCCAGACUACAUGCGUGCCGUGGUUAGCAGAGACUAUCUCCAGUCCCAAGGCUACUCAGCUCAGAUGGUCACCCUGAGCGACCAUCGCUGUACACCAACAGUCACGCCACGUGAGGUCAUAUUUAACAUUCCCUACAACGGCUGUGGGACGAUACGAGAGGAGAACAAUGAUACAAUCAACUAUUCCAACACGAUCAAGGUUACAUCUUCUGGGCACAUAAUCAAGAGGAAAAAGAACAUUCAUUUACAUAUCAGUUGCAAAAUGCUAGAGGACACAUGGACACAAAUAAUGUAUGUUGCUGAGGAUACUAUAGACGUGAAUGAAUAUCAGUUCGGAAGAUAUGACAUGAACAUCACUUUUUAUGAUUCCUCCUCAUUCCUGCGGCAAGUGCACGACUCCCCAUACUAUGUCGAUUUGAACCAAAAUUUGUACCUUCAAGCUUAUCUUCACAACUCUGACCGAAAUCUGACGAUAUUUGUGGACACAUGUGUGGCAUCACCUGAUCCCCAUGAUUUUAACACUCUGGCCUAUGAUAUAAUCAAGCAUGGAUGCAUUAGAGAUUCUUCCUAUGCCACCUACCAGUCCCCCGACCACCACUUGGCUCGGUUCAAAUUUAAUGCCUUUGAGUUCAUCAGGCGCCACACGUCCGUGUACCUGCAGUGCGAGCUGGUGGUGUGCAGGCUCGGGGACUAUUCCUCCCGCUGCUACCAGGGCUGCACUAGCAGGUCCAAGAGAGAAUCAAGUUCUGCUGAGGAAAGGGUGCAUGUGGUUGCUGGCCCCGUUCAGCUUCAAGAUGGGGGUGCUCAGAGUAGGAAUACUGGGCUGGACCCUCCUGUGCCUCCCGCUGCUGCUGACAGUCUCCUCGUGCCGCUCGUUGCUGCUGUUGCCGUCCUGGCUGUUGUCGUUUUUGUUCUCGCUGGUUUUCUUGUGAGACCUGCGCUGAGGAAACCUCUUUUGCAUGGGAUAAUGUGAGAUCAAAAGUUGGCAUCAUCCACUAAAUGACUACAGGGUAAAUGUCACGUAUUAUGAGCCACCAAACUGCUUCACUGAUGACAGUCAUAUAUAUGCCAUUUGCCAGAAGCUGCGAUUUCUUUAUCUACAAUCAAUCCUGUUAGAAUGCCUUAGAACACCUUUGUAAUCCUAACAUCCCUUAAAAGAUUAAGAAAUAAUUUCAACAUUCAUUUCACGAGUUGUUUGGUACAAUAAUUUUAUCAUUUUUCUCCAAUUCUAUUCCCACAUCCUUCUAAGGCCAUUUAUCUAAUGCCUUGUAAUUUUGUGAGUUGGAGAGAAAAUAUGAAUGAGGCAUCAAUAAAUAUUUCAAGGUUUAUUAAAAGGGAGGAAUAUUUAAUUUGGGGAGAAGCAAUAGGUCAUUUCUGGAAAGGAAAUGUAGAAAUUGAUCUUACCAUGGCAUCUGGAAUUGUGGCUAUACAAUAUUCUAAUAACUUGUGUUUGUUUUUUAAUGCUAAAUUUCUUCUUGGAACAGUAAUGGUUCUGUGCUUAUUUAUAAAAUGCAGAGAUUUCCAAGUAAUCUGUGAUGUGAAGAGUGUAAUUUAAAGUCAAAGGAAGGAAAGUUUACAAAGCAACAAUUCUAUUUUGUCUUUCAAAUUAAUGUCUCUGUGAUUAAAAUAGAAACCAAUGUUUUAGUGUGUUGAAGAGUAUGGUCUGUUGGAUUAAAAUUUUUCCAAGUGAUGUAGUGAGCCCCUGCUUCUGAAAUACUGCAUGGGGAAUUUCUAGACAUCUUAAUGUAAGCUUCAAAAGGAAUGAGCUCAUUCUUUUUCUUUCUGCACAUGCAAAUUUACAGAAAAUAUCUGCCCCGGGAAGCCAGAUAGCUGACUCUUGAUUCAGAAAUGCCUUUUCUUUUGGUUUCCCCUACUUUAUGCCUUUUCUUUUGGUUUCCCCUACUUCCUCCACAUGGCCACAUUGUGACACUUGUCCCCAUGAACACCACAGAGCUGUGAGGUCCCUGCUGCUUCUGCCUCCAUCCUCUGUGCCAACCACCCCGAUGCCUCCUCCUCCUCCUCAGCCACGGGCACUGCUGCUCACCCAGAGCAUCAUAUCAGCUGGAGCUUCCAUCUGCACCUCAGCUCCACCACCUCAGCCCAAUCUCUUCCCAAGAGACAUGUCCCUAACUUGCCAAAUCUCUUCUCAUGCUUAACAAGACUCAGAGUUGAAAUUAGCAUCACUGUUGAAAAGGUUUUUCACCAUAUCUAUCCUCAGUUUUCACUGUUGCUGAUCAAGCCUUUCAGCUCUUGGUCUGUCCCUCCUGGCAAUGGGGAGUCAUUUUCUCUCCUUUCUCUUUAUGUGCAUUUUACCUGGUUGAAGAUUGAUAUUGGAUUUUGCACCAAGUUUUCACUUUUCUAGAUUAAAUAAAUCUAAAUUAAAAAGAUA